UCCGCUGUCAGACUAACAACGACCUGAGGAGGUUUUCCCCCCUGGGAUCACACAAGGCAACAAGCAUGCUUUUGGAUUUUUGGUGGUUCGAAUUAUCUGUCAGAAGCUUCACUUCUAAGCUGAAAGACCCGUCCGUGUAUUUGAUGUCAUACUAUUUUUAUUUGUCAGUGGCACAAUGUUUUCCUCUGCUUUUGGAAUGGAUAAAGACACAUGCUCAUUCUGAGGAGAUCAUCAAGAGAAAAAGGUCGUGUCUUUCAUCAGUCUGCCCAGGAAAUGUCGGAUGGCAAGAAGCUCAGGAAAUGGUCCAAUGGUACAUACAGGUCUCGCUGCCUAUUCUUCCCACUGGCGCUGCUGGCAGUGGUUUUGUUUUUUUACAACAUAACCGUCGAGAACAGUGACGGUAGAGCUAGACUGUGGAAGCAAUAUGAUGCAAAAAAAUGGUGGCAUGGUCAGGAAAGUUCAAGUCAGGGCAAAGAAAUUGACCGGACGACGACUGCAUCUGCUAUCGUUUGGGAAACGCAGUCAAGCCCAUACUUUGUAGCCUAUCCAUCCGAGUAUCGCUUCAUUAUAAAUGAGCCCCAAAAAUGCGAAGAGGAGAAACCUUUUGUGGUGCUGAUGGUUCCCGUGGCGCCCUCCAGUAGACGUCGUCGUGACGUUAUCCGCAGAACAUGGGGAGGGCAAAGAGAAGUGUUGGGGAAGCGCGUCACUGUGUUCUUUCUCCUGGGUCUGCAUACUGGGGAACCUGUCGAGCAGCUUGAAGAGAAGUUGCAGCAAGAGAGCAAAGAGCAUCAAGACCUGAUCCAGAGCAAUUUUAUGGACUGCUAUAAUAACCUUACUAUCAAAAGCAUGGUGAUGCUCGAAUGGCUGGACUCCUAUUGUUCUGGCAUCCCUUAUGCCAUGAAGGUUGAUUCUGACAUAUACCUCAAUUUGCAAAAUCUCAUUACCAUGUUGUUAAAUGCCCCCGAAACAAACUACAUGACUGGACAUGUGGCCAAAGGAGCAGAGGUUUUUAGAGAUCCCAACUCCAAGUGGUAUCUCCCAGCAAAUAUUUACCCCAAACCAUUCUACCCAAGUUAUGUUCUGGGACUGGGUUAUGUUCUGUCUUUGGACCUGCCAAAAAAGCUUCUGGAAGCUUCCAGACAUGUCAAAGCUAUAUACAUUGAAGAUGUGUACUUGGGCUUGUGCAUUGAGUACCUGGGCAUCACUCCCAUGGAUCCUCCGGAUUGGAAUUACUUCCACUUCGUGCCUGUGCCCUACGAUCGUUGUGCUUAUUCCGAACUUGUUGCCACCACCUUGGAUGAAGAUACCAAUCUCGAGUGGGUUUGGAAAGACUUGCAACGAGAAGGAAAGGUCUGCUGAUUUGAGUAUCACACUAAAUUAUGACUUGCACUUUUAUAUUCCAGCACAUUAAACGUUUAUCUGAACUUUUUGUUUAUUUACAUUGAGCACUUAACAAUAAUCAAUAUUUAUUUUCCGCUCUUAUUUGUCAGAACCUAUUGGUUUUAUUCACUUUCCCCUACUUUUCGUGUCAUGCGACUUUCAAUGUGCAAUAGAAACAUGUUGGACAUAUUAUAGAUAUGAGUAAUUAAUACACAUUUUUGCUCAUUCAUUUGUUCAAUAAUAUACUGUACUAUACUUUCAACAUUGUUACUGUUUCUAUUUCUAUUUUACUGUUUUGACUCUUUGCCAUGUUUGACUGACACAGUGCAAAUUACUGUAGUUUUUUAACUGUAAGCUGCAUGCACCAAAUUUUACAAGAAAAAUGUUUGUUCACAUAUAAACCAGAUUGGACUGUAAGCCGCAUUUGUCCAAAUGAGACAAAACUACCUCAUGUUUGAUGAGUCAAAUCUUCUCUAUAGUUCAUAUUAGUUACAGUCACACUGACAUUUCUGUCCUUAUCUACAGUAUAUGACUGAAUGGCAAGACUUUUAAUAAAAAUGUGCUGCUGUGUGUUUUGUGGAAAGCUUUAAACAGUAACUCUCAACUGGUCAUAAAAGAUAGUAAGUUCAUGAAUAAGCAAUUUGACUAAGAUUAAAUGAUUACAUGGUAGUGCACCAUUCAAAGGGUUGAAAACGUGUUAUUAGCUCCUCUGAAAAACACUCAAACUACCACAAUACAGAUGACACCAAGCGUACGUCUUGUGAUUUUUAAGAAGUGUUCCAACACGUCCCCAGUUUACAACUUGAUUAACCUGCAUUCAAGUCAGGGAGGCACCAGCCACCCUGUCAUGACUGUUGGUGUUUUAAAGACACUGGACUGGCAGAGAAAGUGUCUUGCCAGGUGACGGGGUGAAUACAUAAUAAGAUGUCCAGCUGGCAAUCAAAGCAAAUGUAAGGAUGUGGAGAAAAAAACUUGAAAUAAUAUUGGUCAGAUUUUCUUUUUUCAGACGAGCAGUUCCUUUGUUAUCUGAUGGAACCAUCUGGAUGUUUCUACAAGACUAGACUUGUAUUGGUAGUGUCACAUAUACACAUUUGGCUUUGAGGGUGGAGUGGAAAAAUGAAGAAAAACAAUUGAUCACUUGGUACAUUCAGGUGAAGUGUUUAUGACACAUACUUUAAAAUAAAGAUAUUUUGAUUGUAUUGUAGUGCAUUUUAUUGAAUAGUUAUUUUUUAAUCUUACCUCACUUACAACCAUAAGCGGAUUUUAAGGGGGGCCACCAGGCUGCCCCCUGGUGGUCAAAAAGUGUCAUUUCAUGAAAUUGACUUUUCUUAUAUAUAUAAAAGUUGUAAAGCAGGGGCCCCAUCUGCCGGGCCACGGACAGGUAACUUUUUAGCCUUUUUCCGGCCCUUGUGCCUUCUCCUUAGUUUACUCGCUGACUAGGUUCGUGCCAUUUUU